AUGAAAAGCUUCACCGCAGAGAAUGCUGUUUUCAUAUUGAGAAGAUAUCAUGUAACAGCAAUAGUUCUGUUUCACUGCAUUCCACCCUCCUCUACUCCAUGUGCAAUAGCUGAAUAUGAAGUGGAUGGGGAAUGUUGUCCCAUGUGUUCCCCUGGCCAAUACGUGUCCAAGCAUUGCACGGAAUACAGUAGUACAUCCUGUGUGGAGUGUCCUGUAUCAACUUUCAUUGAUAAACCAAGUGGCCGAAAUAAUUGCAUGCUUUGUGCAAUCUGUGAUUCAAGAAAUGGUUUAAGAAUAAAGGAGGAGUGCAUCUCCAUUUCAGACACCAUUUGCGAACCACUUGAAGGAAAUUACUGUAUUGAGAAAAUCGAACACACCUGUAAACAUGCUGUUGAACAUUCAAAGUGCAAACCUGGGCAGUACAUCACACAAAGAGGAACAGCAGCUACAGAUACUGUAUGUGGUGACUGUGUUGGUGAAACAUAUUCAGAUGGUUCAUUCACUUCCUGUCAGCCACACACACAAUGUCAGCUUAAGGGACUUAAGGAAAUAAGGCCUGGAACUAAUUCAUCAGAUGCCGAAUGUGAAGAAAGAAGUACAGUUCCUUUCAAACUUGCCCUCUCAGCUGGCAUUGUUGUUUUUCUACUUGGAGUGGGAGCAGGCAUCCUCAUAUAUUUUAAAAUAACAAGAAAAUUUCCAAUUCUAGAGUUCAUUGCUCUCAGGACAUCAGGAGGGCCAGGAUGA